GUUCGUAUGUAUAAAACUCGUUUGCUCCGUGAAUCAGUUUGAUUUUGACAGUGAAAUAUUCCAGUUAAGUUUACCCUUAUUCUCAUUGAGCUACUAAACUUAUUCUCCAGCUUUGUGUGCACUGUCGUCCGUUGUAGAAAUCGGGAAAUUCAAUUCGGUUGGCAAUUACAAAAUGGCCGGUAAUUGGGAUAUAUAUGACCGCUUUUUCGACAACAUAUCUGAUAACAAGGCCAACGAUUAUGAGGAUGAAACGAGAGAUGUUUGCUUUGUCGUGAACAUGAUAGGAUACGUUCCAUUUGAAGCGCAGGGAGACGAAGAGCCAGGGGUGGAAGGGCCAGCGGUGGAAGGGAAAGCGGUGGAAGGGAAAGCGGUGGAAGGGCCAGCGGUGGAAGGGAAAGCGGUGGAAGGGCCUGCGGUGGAAGGGCCAGCGGUGGAAGGGAAAGCGGUGGAAGGGAAAGCGGUGGAAGGGAAAGCGGUGGAAGGGCCAGCGGUGGAAGGGCCAGCGGUGGAAGGGCCAGCGAUGGAAGGGCCAGCGGUGGAAGGGAAAGCGGUGGAAGGGCCAGCGGUGGAAGGGAAAGCGGUGGAAGGGAAAGCGGUGGAAGGGCCAGCGGUGGAAGCGGUGAAAGCGACAGCGGUGGAAGCGGUGAACGCGACAGCGGUGGAAGCGGUGAAAGCGACAACGGUGGAAGCGGUAAAAGCGACAGCGGUGGAAGGGAAAGCGGUGAAAGCGACAGCGAAGGUAGCGAUAGCCUCUACACCCAGUGUAUUCACGUACUCUACCCGACGCACCGAAGCUGCCCGGAAAAGGGUUAAGAUCCGAGAAGUUGCUUUUCCAGACAGGCUGAAGGAAUCCACUCGCCAAAUUGCGCCAUCACUUUUGACAAAACUAGAGAAGGAAGGAGUCCUCACUCAGGAUAAAGAGAAAACUCAUCUCUCCAUUUCAUUCCUGCUUAAUACAAUGUAUUCUGUUUCAUACGGAGAUGAAGGCAUGGGCAUAUACAAUCACGAGACAUUUUCAAAUUGUCAAAGUUCCAUCCCGUAUCGUGUUUCGGUCGCGUUUUGGGAACCCACCUGGUUUCGAAGAAAGAAUGAAUUUGUUGAAGUUUCAGACAUCACGAAAGUGGUAGAAUAUUAUCAACAUUUAUCCGUUCAAGAAAAACUUCAGUUUUUGGCUGAGAAUGAAAAGACUACCCCGUCCCAUUUCAAGAGCUUCGAGAGCACCUCAAAAAUCACAACAAUACGAAACAAUUGGUUAAAAACAUACGAAAGGAGUACCCCGUGGAAACGCCGUGCUAUCUGGUUGUGAUGGAUUCAGAUACCGUGGAUUUUAACCACGUUUUUAGCUCGUAUUUGGAAAUAGUUAAUGCCGAAAUGGCCAAGGAGAAUGAAACCCCACCAGAUAUUAUGUCAACCGGGUAUAUUUUUCCAGAACACCAUGACACAUACGGUGAAGGCAUGUUGAAGGCUAGCCAGAUUUGUAGAAAAAUUCGUGCAAUCACUGCCCAGCAUAUUCCAUUAGGGACAUACUAUCCUGAACCAAAUUUCUGCAUAUUAAUUAAACCUGAAUAUCACACAGUUUCUGAAAGCUUCCUUCACCUAGAUAUGCCCCUCAGUAAUCAAGAGUCCCGCGUAAUUAUUAAAAACAUGAAGCAAAAUCGUGGUAACCUUUCAGCCAUAUUUAGCUUUGAAGGGAACCCUUUAAUCACACAGAUUCCUGUACGCUGCAAUAGUUAUAAAAGUGGGGAUAAAGAGAACCCGAAGAGGAUACAAUUUUCUCAUGAAUUUAUGGGUAACGGGGAACCAAACCUCUUUGAUUUGGGGGAAAUGCGAAAUAUGUCGCAGCACAAUUUAAAUCCUCAAGUAUGGUUUAGCAACCUUACUGGGAACGGGGCAUUGGUGUUGUUAAAGAAGCAAAAUGUAUUUAAUAGCUUAAUGAAUAAAAUGAGAAGAGAACGUUACCACCAAAAUACAAAUUUGGUGGUGAACAACUUAAUAAAGGAAGUGCUUGAUGAAACUCCGGAAUGUCGAUCCCUCUGGUCAGCAUGCACCGCCGUUGGAGAAUAUAUUUCUAUUAAAUUCUCACGCUACAAUGUAAGAAGUAGAAUUUCCCACAUUCUUCAGGAGCAUGCCGUUGAAAUAGCUAAGAAGAAAAACCGUAGACUCGCAGAAUUAACAGAGUAUCCCAAGAUCUUUCAAUUGCUUCAGUUUGACUGUGCUGUGACUGCAAUUACUACGCUGCAUUUUGAAAAUUUGUAUAAUCUGGCGCGAGUUGUGGAAUCAGAUGCACCUGACCUUGAUAGUUGUGGGUACACAAUCGACGACUUGAAAAAAGUUACGCUAGAUUCUAGACUACGCGAACCGUUUAUAACAUCUCCCAUAAUGGAUGGGUUGACAAAAAUUCGAGGUAUUCUUUUGGGUGGGGUAUUUGAUAUGGCUUUCAUUUCCAACGGUCCAACACAAGCACUUUGUGAUGCAGCGGAGGAAGCAGCUUCUUCUGAUACAUCGGAGGUGAUGGAUGCCUCAAAGUUGGAGGGCAUGGUGGAACAUGCAUUGGAAAACUAUGCAGAAUGUAUUAAUUAUACUUAUAUAAACGAUACAUUGGAGGGAGAAGUUCUACAAAAAUUUAUAGAAAUUUUCGACGAAGCAUUAUGGAAAAUGGGGGAGGAGGCUACUUUUAAGGGUGCUGCUGAAUCUCAAGAAAUUGACGAAACCGUUGGAGAUCUUUUGGGUUAUGGGACUGAUGUAGAUAGUGAAGGUUCCUUUUAUGAAGAGCAGCAGGGGUUGCGAGAUUAUAUAGAUGAUCUACGGGAUAAUUAAAAUUGAGGGUGGAUUGACAUCUUUUGAAAUAAUUGAUUCUAAAUUUAGCUAAAUUUGCAUUUAGUUAUGCAAAUAAAAUACUGUGCAAUGUCUAAAAUAUUUUAUUGUAGUUAUCCAAUUGUAAGUUAUUUAAGAAACGUUUCAAAAUUUUGCGUAGAUUAAUCAGUUGUUCUUAUGUAAGGCUCUGUAAUAAUUAUGUGAUUAAUUAAGUGUGCUGUUUCAAUUUUGCAUGCAUUAAUAAAAUUGAGACUACAUAUUUAUCACCUAA